CUUUUCUCCGGCAUAUUUCCGAUCUGCGAGACUCUAACUCCUUCAAUUGGAUAUAGUGUCCUAUAUAAGCUUGUAGUCAGUCAUGUCAAGGCUUAGAUAAUCUAACAAUUCGGGAUAUUCCGUUCAGAUUUGCCACGUUUCGGACUGAUGUUUGAACGGAGCCGGAACCGAAACGCUGUUUCACGGACUUGAUUCCCAAACGGUUAUAAGCAUGAAAGAGAACGAUAAGGAUGAGGAUGGUGGUGACGUUAAGAUUAUCAUCAAGGGUAGCGAUGAUAAGGCGCCUCAAGGAGCGGGAUCUAUCUACGCCUUCUGUAACCACUGCAAAAAGGAUAUAUCAGUAGUGUACAUCAAAUCUGAAAAUAAUGGCAAAGAGUUGAGCGUGGCCGAGUCUCUCACAAACAAAUGGCCGCGCAGCGAGUUCCCAGAAAACGACUAUGAUAAAUGCCUGAAAGAUAAUGAUUAUGGCGGCUGCAAAAAACUCCUUGACGGAAGGAAGAAGCGGGCAAAAGUUAAGGAACUAUGGGAGAAUUUUCUCGGUGGCUGCACUUUGCACGGGUUUCACUACUGUUUCGCUGGUAACCCACCUCUGAGGAGGCUCAUUUGGAGCCUUUUACUGCUUGGCGCCUUUGCAAUGUUCUUUGAAAAAUGCACCGAGAGCUUUAUAAACUUUUUUGACUACCCAUUUACUACUACUACUCUUUUGGUGUACGACAAACGCCUUCCUUUCCCCGCCAUUUCCAUGUGCAAUUACAACGACGCGAGGAUGUCCAAGAUGAAUGGGACACUGAUGAACGAAAUCUUCGUUGCUAGCAAACUCGAGGGACGAAAUACCUCGCAUUUACAAAGCCAGCUAACCGGCGAACUUAUGCAGAGAACUUUGAAGGAGGCAGCCCAUCGAUUGCCAGAUAUGAUCAAGGAAUGUUCUUGGCAGAAGCAUGGGAAAUGCUCGUGGAAAAAUUUCACGUCUUUCAAAAGUGCGGAUGGGGAUACAUGUUACACGUUCAAUUCCGGGAGAAAGGAUCCCAUACUGAGUAUGUCAAAUGUAGGCGAGGAAAACGGGCUACGCUUGGUUAUAGAUACUCAACACAGUGAGUAUUACUAUGAUGUUAAAAACGCUGGAUUCAAGGUAAUUCUACAUGACCAAGGAGAGACGCCAGUCAAAAUGCAAGGUCUUUCGGUGUCCCCGGGUUUCACGUCUUACAUGGAACUCAAGCGAACAAAGGUGACCAAUUUGCCGUUUCCUUACAAGACGAUGUGCGGGAUGCCAGAGUUGAAGUACUUUAACAGCUAUAGCAAGUCGAAAUGUUUCCUGGACAAGCUUACGCAGUACGUGGUGACCCUUUGCGGGUGCCGAGACUGGUUUAUGCCAGGGGAAGGCAAGAUACCAGUGUGUGACUACGAAACAGCGGCAUCCUGCAUGUGGAAAGCUUGGGCAUACUUUGAAGAGAACAAGCUGGAUCAAUGUCCAGUGGCUUGCAACAGCGUCGAGUACUCCGCGCAGCUUUCCUACGCACGAUUUCCCGCCAACAAUUACGCCAAGAUGCUGGCUAAAGAGUACGGAUUGAAGGGGUCUGACGAAGAGAACAGGCGAUAUCUUAGGGAUAAUUUGAUUGAGAUCAAGAUCUACUAUGAAGACCUGACAUACUUUGAUGUGCAACAAGUCCCCAGCUACGAUCUAUACAGCUUGCUGGGUGACGUCGGAGGACAGAUCGGUCUCUUCCUCGGUGCCAGUCUUCUGACAGUCGUGGAGUAUCUGGAUCUGCUAGGAAUGGUAGCUUAUACCUCAUUCAAAUAUCGAAAUUAAUCCAAUGCGCUCCGCGUGACACAUCCUAUGGUUGCGCACUCGCUGGCGAACACUUAUGGAGGCAAACUCGCUGGUAACAGUGAAAGUGUGAAGGCGUCAGAUAAUCUUGGAAGCGGGUAGUAUACCUAUAACAAGCCCAGCCAUUCAAGUUUCAAUUCGUCGAGUAAAAUAGUUUGGAACCCAACUUGAUCAAGGGGUCAGGUUUGAACUGUCGUUCAAAGUAACCAAGGUAACCAACGUAAUUAAAAAACAAGUGCUGCCCCUUGGCAGCGAAACAUAACACUAUUGACUAUGAGUUUGUAUAGUCAUUACAUCGCCCUUACAAGCCAAUCAAUAAUAACUGGUAUUUAAAGAAGAUAAUGAUAUUGUCUUUACAGGGGAAGCGGUCUAGUCAGCAGACCAAUCCAUAUUCAGUAAUGUCCAUAUUUGGUAAUGUCCAUAUUCAGUAAUGUCCAUAUUCAGUAAUGUCCAUAUUUGGUAAUGUUCAUAUUCAGUAAUGUCUAUAUUUGGUAAUGUCCAUAUUCAGUAAUGUCCAUAUUUGGUAAUGUCCACAUUUGGAUUUACUCAUAUCUCGUUUGUCCAUAUUGUGGUAUUAUUCAUUUUUUAAUACCCCUUUAUAUGGUUCUUUCUAUAUUUGGCGUUGUACUGAUCUCAAAUGGCUGAGAUAUGAUAAUUAUGAUCAUUUAGUCUCCAACCCAUUUUUGGUGUAUUGAUUCCCUAUUUAGGAUUGGUUGUUGAAUUUACAAUAACGGAUAAAUUGGAUGUUUAGAUAUAUAUCUUACAAUACAACAGCUUUAAUAGUGAUCAAAGAUUGAGUUUAUUUUUGCUACUGUAGAUAUUUAAUGAAAUGUGUUGUUUUUCGUGUUUAAAAAUACUUAAUCAUGUUAGAAAAUGGCAUAAUCUUUUGAAGCCUGCCUUAUGUUCUAAUAUUGUCUGCGUAAAAAAUCAACCCCCUUUGCGGUGGUUGGGCACCGUGCAAAAUGGCCUAGGGCAUGCAAAAUAUUUUAGGGAAAGAGGAGGAUAUUUCUACUGUCCCAAUGGCGAAGGCACGAUCAAAUUCUGGGUUUUCUCCAUCGCCUACAAUCGAGCAAAAAAAGGAAUGGGCACCCAUUUAUGUCUUUUCAACUGAUAUCCUUUAGUUUUAUGUGAAGUCAGUCAAGAAUGUGGAUAUCAAAUAAUGAUUUAAAUAAUGAAAAGACAUAAAAAUUUUUUGAGUCAAUAACUGUAAUAAUGCAAUUACAGGUUAUACAAUUAUAGCCCAAUCAUUCUCUUUGGAGAGCACACUAUUUAACACCGCUUCAUGUUAACGAUUGCAGGUCUUUAGGUUAGAUACAUGAACAAUUUAGCGUUCCUGAGUACAGGUUAACCUCAUUUGUAGCUUAUAAGUUUAAUGAUGAACGCAAAACGUUCCGGUACAUUUAGCUUCCUGUGAGUAAUUAAAAAAACUAAAUUUGUUAUCGAGGAAAGAAAUGUUGAAUUUCUAAGAAAAAUAAUUACCGAGGGCCACUAAUAACUAUUACUAUAUACCUGGGAAUAAUGAGGCUUCGUGCCAUAUACUACUGCUACAAUUAUAAAAAUAACAAAUCAA